CUGACUAAAUGGAUUCAAACCAGCACGAACGACACACACGUCCACACGCACUGUACGUCCUAAUUCACAUGUAUGUGCCAUCUAGCUAUAGCAAAUUAUGUACACACAACGACAGACAACAGCUCGAUCAACAGCCGACGACCGACCGCACAGACAGCCACACAGCGUCUGUCCAUUCAUUCCAUCCAUCAGUCUAUCUACUGGAUGAUCCUGAGCAUGUCCCUCCGUCGCCAGUAGAUGGCGUUGACGUCCCUCUCCUGGUAGUCGGUCAUCCGCCGACCCACUAUGCAGAUGUUCUCCUUCAGCUGGUACAAAUCCGUCGCACCUAUCAGCUGCCGUCACACACACACACGCGCGCGCAUGUGGCUCCUUGUCUGUCUGUGUGGUUGGUAUGGGCCAUGGCAUUCAUUGGCUCUUCACCGUGCUGCACACGAAUGGCCGGCUAUAGACCCAUUGCAGCGACAGGUGGGAGAGAUUCCUGAAGGAAAGGAAUGCACACACAAACACGCACACACAUACAAACAGGGAUUGCCGUGGGUGUGGGUGUGAGACUGGGAGGGAGAUUGUCAGCUUAUUUAUUACUUACGGGUGUCCGUGGAACAUUGCCGACUUGUGCAGCUCCACCACUGUCCGGGCCGCCAGAGACGCCCUAAACACACACAUCCACACACACACACACAUACACACACACACAGGUCCGUGUGUCGGCGGUGCGUCUGCCCACCGGUAUCUCUUCAUGUAGGACGGGAAUUUGAGCAUCCGGCCUCUCGUCGGGUAGUCAACUGUCUCAAGAUACUUGCCGCUCAGAAUGCCCCCGGCCAGCGGCGAAUACGCCAACAAAGCAAUGCCUGAUUUGACCACACACCACACCGAUGUGUGUGAGUGCGUCGGUGCUGACAGACAGACAGACAGACAGACAGACCGGUGUUUUGCGGCCUGGCGAGCUCCACAAAUCCCUUCUCGACGUCGUUGCGGUUUAGGAGGUUGUAGUUGACCUGCACUGAGGCUGGCGGGGGGACGCCCAGCUCCUGACAGACAGACAGACAGAAAAUGACAGAUGGACGCGUGUAAGCGUGACGCGUGUAAGCGUGUGUUUGGUGGGUUUGGUACCUGUGCGAGGUGCCAGAACUGCAGCAGGCCAUAGGGGGUCUCGUUGGACAGACCCCACGCACGAAUCUGACACACACACACACACAGACACACACAUACAGACACACACAGACACGGACAUGCCAGGAUUGCGUGUCUGUCUGUCUGACGCACAUGGGUGGGCAUUUGGCUGGCUGACCUUUCCCUGGUCCAUCAGCUCUUUGAUGGCCUCGAGCUGCUCCUCAAACGAAAUGUCGUCCUCAAGCUCACUCUGCCAACACACACACACGAGCGGACACACAUACCCAUCCAUCCAUCUCUCUCCACACACACACCCACAAGAAUCGCUUCUCCACUUGUGCGACGCACCUUGGGGUCGUAUAUGACCUGCGAGAAGUCCCCGCUCAUGUGCAUCGGCACAUACCGGUCCGGCCAGUGGAACUGCAAGAGGUCGAUGUAGUCGGUCUGCAGCCUGGUCAGGGAGCCCUCGACGGCCUGCAUGAUCUGCCUCUUGGACAGCCGCGUGCCGCCGCCGGCAUUGCCUGGGUCGCUGCGCAGCCAACCCAGCUUGUCACUGCGGCCGGCCACCUUUGUCGCUGAACACACACACAGAAGCAUAUGGAUGUCAUCGUGGGCAUGUGUGUGGGCAUGUGUGUGGGUGGAUGGUGGGUACCGAUAGUGAAUUUGCUGCGAUUGUCCUCGCCGCGUUUGGCAAGCCAGUUGCCCAGGAUGGUCUCGGCCUUGCCGUAGUGCGCGGGCAGCGCGGGAAGGGGGUACAGCUCAGCCGUGUCCUGACCAAACACACAAACCACAAGAGCAUCAUUCACCCACACAAACCCACACACGGGGGAGGGCCUCAUUACGAAGAAGUUCAGCCCAUAUCGGUCAUAUGCGAAGUCGAGCAGCUCGUGUGCGGAUGCCUCGUCAUUCUGGUUGCCGAAUGUCAUGGUGCCGAUGCCGAUCUCGGGCACCACCAGGUCAGAUGUGCCGAGCCGCUUCCAUCGCAGGCCGUGUGUCGCGUAAUCGGCGUGAUACCUGGAGAGAAACAAACAAACCACGGCCUCCUGUGUGAGGGUAUGUGUGUGUGUGUGUGUGUGUGGAGGGGGGCUGUGUCGCUACGUGGUCUCGACGGUGGGGCAUGAGUAGUUGUUGUGCACUUGGGCGCCGAACGGUGACAUGGAGUCGAUGAAGGGGUCGAACCAUGUCGGCAUCUCAUAGUGCACACCUGCACACACACACACACACACAGAACACGAACACAUUCAUAUGUGUGUGUCUCCCUCUGUGUGUGUGUGUGUGUGUGUGUGCCUUUGAUGAGGUAGUCUUCAGUUGGCGGGAGUCGCCAGGUUGCAUUGUCGACAGGCUUCUCGGGCGGCGUCAUGUCGUCGUUAUACCUUAACACGCACACACAGACACAGCAGGCACCCCUUUCUCGCGCCCCUCUCUCUCGCGCGCGCGCUCUCUCUCUCUCUGCGUACCAUCGUUUUGUUUUGAAGUCAUUGGAUUUCCAGGGCAUGUACCAUGACAUGUUGAUGCCUUGUGCCUGAUACACACACACACACACACACACAGCUGCCUGCGAUCAGUCCGUCGGCAUGUUGUCUGUCGGUGGGGGCUCGUACCCAGUUUUCCUUGGUCCGAUAGGGCGCGUAUGUCUUGUAGCUCCACGAGUAGUUGCGGGCGGGGUCGUACAGAUGCUGCAUGAACUCAUAGCCCUCUGGCUCCUGCUCAAAGUAACCUUCGUUGCAUCCGCACGCACACACACACACAAACACGUAUGUGCGGGCUUGCUCACGUGUCCAUGUGUCUGUGUGGGUGGGUGGGUGUGUACAUUCGAUGCCAGUGACGUUCCAGGGCCCCCAGUUGGGCUGCAUCCAGACCUCCUCCGGAAUGUCCUUGGGCUUCUGGAUGAUGCAGCUGUCGUCAUCCCGCUGGUGCUUGUACAAACCGAACUUCCACCAGUGGUCUUCGCACACACACACACAGAGGGAGAGAGAUGUCUGUCUGUCUGUCUAUGCGACAAGCAUGCCUACCAUGUCUGAUCUGUUCCAUGGUGCCGGGCGGCCCCCACUCGGCCUUGAGCCGCUCCGUCGUCGGCGUGUCGAGGUACAUAUCGUCGCCAGGCUUGUACUGGAAGUAGGGCACCCCAUCGUCAGUCUGCAGCCGCUCCCACUGCCAAAAGGCCUUCCCAAAGUCCUGCAGCUUCGGCUCCUCAUAGCUCACGUUCGGCAGGCGAGGCAGGUCAGGCCCGAACUUCUCCUCCUUGACCCCCGCUUCACGCCUGCACCCCCCCAACAGACAUACACACCCAGUGCUUGUAUCCUAGCACCAGUGACCCGCCCACCGACCCAUCGACCCACCGACGCACCUCCGCUCCUUCAUGCCCUUCCACUUGAGGUAUUCGUUCAUCCGCGGCCGCGGCUCGUCCCCCCAGGGGUCAAACCUCGGACCGUGCCACAGGGCGUGGAACUUGAAGUACUUGCUGGUGCCGAGGAAGCUGCGCUUGGGGUAGCGCUUCUUGAAGCCCGCCUUGGUCAGCCAUUUCUCCAUGGCCUGGGCGCGCUCGUCGUCGGGGCCUGCCACGCGAGUCUUGAGCGACUGGGCCAUCAUCGUGACGAGCCGCCGAUGCAGGAGGGAGGGGCGGUGUGAGCGUCUUGGAGGGGGAUGCAGAGGGACGGGAGCGGCAACAAAGCCUGGCCUGCAGGCAGACAGGCAGGCAGACAGGCAGGCAGACAGGCACUGAAUGAAUGGAUGCGUCCCAUUCUUAUAUGUGUGUGUCUGUGUACGCACCUGCGAUGCAGACGGAGUGAGUGCAGCAGAUGGGAAGAGCUCCUUCGCCUCAGCGCAGCAUCCAUAUUGCUAUCGACACAUAACGAGAACCCGUCUACGAGCAGCAGCAGCAGCAGCAGCAGCAGCAGAAGGGUCAGCAUCUUGAAGAACAGUGACGCAGGAGGACAGGCACACAGCUGCCUGGUGCCUGUCCAUGAGUGAUGAACCAUCCUCUCAGCUGUCCGAGAGAUCUUCGUCCGCUGCGGCCAAUGUGAAGCCACAAGCACAUGAAUGCCUCAGCAUAGCACCCUUC